GAAGGGGUCAUUACCAGAGAGAUUUGCGUUGGUCUGUACAUUGACUCCAUCUGUACAACUGACAGACAAUGAAGUCAUGCACAUAUAUUGAACUGAACUCGGUUUCGAAGUUAAGGCACUGCUCCAACCCACCAGUCCCUCUCUUUCUCUCUCAUGCAUUGAAAAAAAGACUCUCUCUGCCACCGCCAGUCACCAUACGCAAAAUACACCACCACCUGCUCAACUCUCUCUCUCUCUCUCUCCCCUUCCUUGAAAUAUGCAAGAUUAAUUAACCCCGUUAAAACUCUGAAGAUGGUAACACGCAAAGAAUUAGCUAGACAAGCACUACCAAGAACCCUAGAAACCUUUCUUCUAUUAGCAUCAUCACGCUUUCUUUCUCUCCCCCUUUAGGAAACACAAGUUACUUCAAAAAAGCAACUAGUUUCUCCAUUUUACACAAAACCCACAGACUUUUCCUUUGCAUUUAAUUCUUGUUCUUUUUCUCUACACAUGAACUCGUCAAGGUUGUUCAUGGUUCAAUGACUCAUGUUUUUUAAUUUAAAAAUCUUGUCGGAGGGGUGAAUGGGGUGCAUGUUCUCUCAACUAGCUGCACAGUUCGCUUUCUUUCCUCCAUCUCCACCUACAUACCAGAUUAAGAAGGGAGACAAUGGCAAGCUCUCUGUUGUCUCAACUUCUUCUCCUUCUAUGCCGCUUCCUCUUGCUGAUGAUAAUUCACUAGAUGUGCUCAUGAUUGAUACAAAGAGAGGCAACAAGAUUGUUGCCUUUUAUCUCAAAAACCCUUAUGCUAGACUCACCGUGCUUUACUCUCAUGGCAAUGCUGCUGACCUUGGCCAGCUUUAUGAUCUCUUUGUCCAGCUCAAGGUCAAUCUCAGAGUUAAUCUCAUGGGAUAUGACUAUUCUGGUUAUGGUGCCUCUUCUGGUAAGCCAAGUGAGUCCAACACAUAUGCUGAUAUAGAGGCAGUUUACGAGUGUCUCCAGACACAAUAUGGAGUUAGUCAGGAAGAGUUAAUUUUGUAUGGGCAGUCAGUUGGUAGUGGGCCAACAUUGCACUUGGCAGCGAAGUUGCCAAGGCUGAGAGGGGUGGUUUUGCAUAGUGCCAUUCUUUCUGGUCUUCGUGUGCUCUGCCAUGUGAAGUUCACAUUUUGCUUUGACAUAUACAAGAACAUAAACAAAAUUCGGAAGGUGAAGUGCCCUGUUCUAGUGAUACAUGGCACAGAGGAUGAUGUUGUGAACUGGUUACAUGGUGAUGGGCUGUGGAAAAUGGCGAAAGAACCAUAUGAGCCUUUAUGGAUUAAAGGAGGCGGGCACUGUAACUUGGAAUUAUACCCUGAUUACAUCCGCCAUCUCUGCAGGUUUAUUCAUGAAAUGGAGAAUUUAACCACAGAAAUCCGUCUCAAAAAGAUCCGGCAGAAUCUGUGUCUAAAACCGAGGUCUAAGACUGAUUCCAACAAGUGCUGUAGGUUCAAACUGUGGCGACCUAAAUGCCCAGAAUGUUUAAGACCCAGGUGCAUAAAAUGCUCGUGGGGUCCCAGGUGCGCAGAAUGCUGGAGACCCAGAUGCUCAAGUUGUGUUAAAUGUUGCUGGCGAGCACCCAGAUGCCCAAAAUGUCCGAGACCCAGUUGCCCAAAAUGUCCGAAACCCAGUUGCCCAAAAUGUCCGAGACCCAGUUGCUGCUGUAGAAUUAGAUGUCUGCCCUGGCGAUGUUGCUUUGGAAAACAGAGUGGGAUGAAUAGGAAGCAGGAUGGGUGAUAAUAAUAAUAAUAAUCAGCAUUGGUUGUAUAGAUUGCUGAAUUCACUCACUAACACUCUUCUAAUCUUGUGCGUUAGUGUACAAAACAAGAGGAAGUAGUUUGAUUUUAAUUUUAUUAAAAAUCAUGGUGUUGGGAUGUUCUUGGAAAUGGAGAUUUUGUAUCUCAGCUCAUUUGGAUUUAUUUCUGGAGAUCCUUUUUAUCUACACAAUUUACAAGCUUCA